GUUAUGCUAUAUGUCAUUGUUUGACUGAACUGUUCUCUUUAGUGAAUGAAGCCAUGGUUCUAUUGGAAUUUGAUGUAACUUUCCCUUCCAGCCUCUGCCUUCUGUGCUCCCUCUAUACUAAAAGUUAUACUCCGUGCAAGGGAAGAACACUUUAAACAAUAUCUGCAGCUACUAGUUGAUUUGUUUUCUUCUGUUGUCUCGUUUCUAGAUUAGCGCAUGGACCCCACUAGCAGUCAGCUGGACCCAGACUUCUCACAGCAGGGGACGCCAUGUCUUAUUGUAGAGGACUCUCAGCCUGAAAGCGCCGGGACGGAAGAUGAUUUGGACCGGGCACGCUUUGGAUUGCUAGCACAGCAUCUGCCUAAUCUGCAGGGUCAGGUGCAAAGUCCCGUUCUGGAACUUGUGCCGCAGAGCCACAAACCUCCCAUUGGUGAAGGAGAAAACAUUUUAAUAAGUGAAGCUUCAAAAGAAAACCGUAUAGAGUCUAUGGAAACAUUAAGCACAUCAGAUGGGGAUGGUCCUCUCAGCCAAGUUAUACAACCGAUACCUUGUCCAAGCAAAAUAUGCAGUGCUUUCAACUUUGAAGAAGGUGGACGGGAAAAUGCUGCAGAAUGUACAACACAAUCGCUGCCUGCUGAAGAUUCCGGCACAUCACAGCUUGCGUUUGGGCUCUUAGAGCUCUCACAGAGCCAAGAUUUGGAAGGUCUUAACAGUGAAGACCAAAGCAAAGGUUCCCAUCCAGAGAUAACAGAACCUCAGACUCCUGAAUGCAAUACUGAAAGACCAGAACACCAGCAACUUGCUGUGGAGACUUGUGAAAAUGUGAAACCUACAGAGCAAUCUCCAAAUGAAGAGCCCAAAUGGAAACCGGAACAAACCAGCAAGGAAGAGAUUUUGUCAGGUGGAGAAACUUGUACUGGUAAAAAACUUGGAGAUAAUCUUGGUGAAUGCUUACAAAAGCAGUCUUGUGUCGAGAAGCCAGAAAACAAAGAUGGGCAAUCUGGGAAUUCACCGUGCAGUCCAAAAUUGACUGGUCGAGACAUGGAUAAUUCUGAUAUUGUCUCAACUCAAGAAGACCUUUUUGGACAGACCAAUAUAACAGAUUCACAGAACAGUCCUGUAUCGGCUAAGGUGGUAUCCACCCCUGCAGACACGUUGCAUCUACUACAUCUUUCUGGACAUGUCAGCCUUACAGCACAGAAAAGCUCCUCAGACCUGGUUUGUCCUUCCCCAGAUGCUAUCCAACCUACCCCUAUCAUCAUCCCCAGCUCCCCCACUGAACAGGAGGCAAAAGACGUUGAGGUCUCGGAACAUGCUGGGCUGUCAGAAAAGGCUGAUCACCCAGUUGAUGCUCAAGAGGAGCCCAUGGAUACAAAGGAUAGUCCUUUCCUACUAGUGCCUCAGGCUUCUACCCCAGUGUGCCAGACUGCCCCAGCAUUUGCACCACGGACACUGAUUGUACCUUCACAGCCUCAGUUUUCCCAUGAUGUAUUUAUGCCAACUCCAAGCCUUGAGGAGUCCAAAUCCGAAACAGAUCACACAAAAGAUAUUGAAAGUCAAAAGGCUCCAGAAUCGAUACAAGAAGGCGCAGAAUUAGAUACCACAACUUCGCAAAGAAAUGUAGAUGAGUGUCAUUUGGCACUGUCUACAAGUGAACCGAGUGAGUUGAUGGAAACGGACUGUACAAAUACAAAAUCUGCAGAGGACAAUAGUGGAGACACGCAAAUUGAAACUGACGAAAUGGAACAAUCGUGCCAAAUUUCAGACGAUGCAGCGGAAAUUCUUGCACAGGAAAAACUUCCCUUGCUAGGAGAUAAAGAAGUAAAUUAUGCAACGUCCAUGGUGGUUACAGACGAAGCUACUCCUGGUAAUGAAAAAUGCCCAACUGAUUGUACUGCUAGCAAAACAGAAAUAAAACUUACGGAAACGCACCGUACUGCUUUCAUGACUGACUCUGAAAGCCAGAAUCUCAUAAGCAUGUCCUUAAAUUCAGAUGCGUCUUUAAGUGUAUUAGAUCAGUGCGAGCCUCAGGCUAAAGUACACGUAGCUGUUGAAAACCUGUCAGACGACGCAUCAUCUUUAGAAGAAGUCCCUGAAACUCCAUGUGAGAAGGAAUCUGAAGAUCGUGAAGCAGAGGAUGGACAACCAAUGGAGGAAAGUACUAAUGUGAAUCUCGCUCUGUCAGAGACACAAACUCAGCCUUUGUGUGCUGCAGAUGUGGAACCGUCUCAGAUGGAAGAGGAGGCAAUGGAAGUUGAAUUAUGUUCAGCUUCUAAGGUAACUGAGUUACAGCCUGUUGGUGAAGAAACUGUAAAGGAGGCUUGCGGUGGCAAAAAGGUGGAAGAAUCUGAAAAAAGCAGUGUCUUUGAAAACAAUGAACAUCAGCCGAAAGAGACCAUGGCUAAAGUGUCUGUUGCUUCCAUACAGGCUGAUCCAAUUGAAACACAUGAGCCUUUAGUAGAUGCGGAGAAAGAACCCAUUAAAGGAGAUCUGCAAGCCGCACUGAAAAAAGACAUCUCUGUAAGAACUUUAGAGGAACCAAAUCAGAAAUGUGAAAGGGGGGACUUGAAGACCAGCACUAGAGAGAAGACUGACUAUGCUGUGCCUGCACUAAGUGAUUGUAACAAACCAGUGAUCCCGAUGGAGUCCUUACCAGAGAUUCCAGUUCUUCAGCGUGAUGAUACUGUCUUGCCACAAGGGUUAAAGGAAAUGGAUAAGAAUAUUGUCGAUGAAGAGAGAGUGACUAAAAACAUCCAGGACCAUUCUGUGUCUGUGAAAUAUGCCAGUGUACCUCAGAUGCCUGUACUAGAGAAAGGACAGCCGCAAGAUGAAUGUCCAGGAAAUGCCACUGUUUCAGAUGUAUUGAAAACAGAUCCUCUAAAACUACUAGUGCCUCAUGAAAAAAAAGAAUGUAAUAGUAAAACACUUGAGGAACCCUUAAUUUCUGCUCAUCCUGUGGAUGAAAUUAUGUCUGUACAUAAAAUUGGAAGUAAUUCAGAGCUUUCCGCUGCUGGCAAGCUCGAAAAUGUGAGAACGAAUCCGCAAAUAUGUCAGAAAUCAAGUGAUAUGUCUACUGGUUAUCCCGAAAAUCAGGCACCUGACCUUACCGCAGCCGACAGUAGUAAGGAUUUUUCUGUAGCCAUUGUUGCAAGCCAUCAAACACAUCCUUGCCAUCCAAGCAUGGCUAAUGAUAUGCCUGAGCUAGAACAGAUCGUACCACUGAAGCUGUCGGUGCCAGAAGUGUCUCUAUCUCAGAAGCAGCAUGGAAGGCAGGAGCAGGCGGAGAGCGAAAGCAAGGAAGCUGAUGUUCUGCAAGGAUCUCCGCUCGCAGGGGGCACAAAAGAUGCGCUUGUAGAAGUGUGCGAUAACAAGAAGAGCCCAAACGAGAAAUUGGAUACACUGAUGCAAAAAGAAGAGCCACAACUUCCAGGAGCUGAUUUAUCGAUGGAUACUUCUGAAGAAGAGGCACAUCGUUUGGAUCCAGAUCUACAAGAAAAGAGAGCCGGACAUGGCACCCGAAGCCUUUGUGAGAGUUCUAGCGAUACACCUUUUCACUUCAGUUUGCCCAAAGAAGGAGACUUAAUUCAACCAAUGAGCACUGUAACACCACCCAUGAUUGGCCAGUUAAAACAUGGCCCAAGGAGACACAGCACUCCGAUUGUAGUUGGAAGCUGUCCAGAGAGCACCUUAGCAACCAGUGAUGUCACUGCUGAGAACACGACGGCAGCCAAUGAUAUUACAGUUGAGAGUGCCAUGGUUACGACUGAUGUAUCGCAGGAAAGUGAGCGAGCGGACCCUUGCCCUGUCCCUGAUCCCAGUGGCAAGCUGUGCUUGAGGAUGAAACUCACAACACCUGUCAGCGAGGAGAGUGAAGGUGUAUCACAGUUUAACCUGGAAAAGCCUGAGAUUGCUGGGAAGACAAAUGGAACAGCUGGAAGUGGUUUUAGUUAUGAUCCCAUUUACCCACUUAGGUCAAAGGGAGCUGCUCACUGUUGGGUCAUGUUAGAGUUGAAGGUAUUAAUGACUGCUGUUUUACUGUUCUGCAGCACAGAGAACUCCCCAUCAGUGUUUGUACGAGUAUGUGAAGUCCGUCGAGAAGAAGAGACCGGAGGUCACAAUCGUCCAGCUGCUCCUGUCCGGGAAAAUCUGUUCCAGUGUCCCAGUUCAGAGAAGGGGGAAUCUGUGUUUAUCGGACAAACUUUAGAGCGUGUUAAGGACACUAAAGAGCUGGAUGUGGCAUCCCAGGACAUACCGAAAGAUUCUCUUCAGGACUUGUCCUGUAAUGCAGAAGAGGAAGUUAUGGAAAUAGAAAGUAGCCAAGAACAAAAUGAAUUGCAUGUCCAACAUGAUAAUGAGACAAAUGGUCAUAAAAUAAUCACUCCAGAUUCUGCUUCACAGCAGUCAGAACAUGUACUACCAGGACAUAGAAAUAAAGAAGUUCAAACUGUGACUGUCUUAAAACCUUCCAACUUGGUGGUGUCAUCAGCCACUCAGACUGAUGUGGAUCCUGGCCCACGGCUAGGAAGGAUUAGCACUAAUACAAAGCAAGGAAGCCUAAGGCCAGAUGCCAAUCAACCAACUGAGAAGGACCCUGAGAAAUCAGGAACUGCGCAAAGGCACGGAGAUGACACGGAUUCUGUACAUAGCCAGGAAGAGGAUGACUUUGAAUUACAUCGUCUACGCCCUGGUCGUCAUCUUCAUCGACAUGUGCGCACAAUUCGGGAGGUGCGUACUGUGGUGACUCGGGUCAUCACAGAUGUCUAUUACGUGAAUGGGGCAGAAGUGGAGCGCAAGGUGGUUGAGGAAGCUGAAGAGCCAAUUAUUGAAUGCCAUGAAUUUGAGAAUGAUCUAUCUCCAUCCAGAACUGGUGCCUCAUCCCUGACUUCUGGUGACCUUGCAGAUAUUAGUUCAUUUUCUUCAAAGGCUUCGAGUCUUCAGCGGACAUCCAGCGGGGCAAGCAGUGGGCUUUCAGCAGCACAGAGCAUUAGUGGCAGAAGCUCGGACAAGGCCAGGAUAUCCACUUCUCAUAAAUUUGGACCUCUGGAAUCUAGAGAGUUUGCUGUUCCUAGUGCUCGUGGAGCAAUUGGAAAACUAAGUCCUAGGAAGGUUCCUAGCCAGCCAGGGUCUCCACAUAGGCAUGGAGGACAGACAAUGAUGCAAGUGAGCGAAGAUGAAGCGGACGCAUCACUUGACAACAGGCCUGGGGCCAAAGCACCUCUUACACCCCGCGGCAGAGGGAAGAGGGGACGUCCUCCUUCUCGUGGUGGCUCAAGGGAAACAAACAUGGCUGCCCAUGGUGAUAGCACUGCUGCCCAGGACGAGGAAGCAUUUACACGAAUACGUCAUCAAGAAGCGUAUGAUAAAAGUGACCCGGGAACACCGGUAGUACGUCGAAGUGACUCCCCCGAAAUCCCAUAUCUGACUCACUCAAAGAGUGAGACUUCAGACUCCAUGUCAGGCAGUAGUUUUGUUGGGCUCAAAGUGGUAGCCAAAUGGUCCUCAAAUGGUUACUUUUAUUCAGGCACAAUUACUCGGGAUGUUGGUGGCGGGAAAUACAAACUACUUUUUGAUGAUGGCUACGAGUGUGAUGUUUUAGGAAAAGAUAUCUUGUUAUGCGAUCCAAUCCCUGUGGACACAGAGGUGACAGCUCUGUCUGAAGAUGAAUACUUUAGUGCAGGAGUGGUAAAGGCGCACAAAAAAGAAUUUGGAGAACUCUAUUACUGUAUUGAGAAGGAAGGACAACGGAAAUGGUACAAAAGAAUGGCGGUCAUCUUGUCCCUUGAACAAGGAAAUCGUCUUAGAGAACAGUUUGGUCUUGGUCCAUAUGAACCUUCAACGCCGCUCACCAAGGCAUCGGACAUAAGUCUAGAUAACCUGGUGGAGGGAAAGAGAAAACGGAGGACUAACAUAAGUGCAGCCGUCACCCCAACCACUUCGAGUUCGUCUGGCACAAGCACCCCAACCAGGAAGGGCUCGGAGAAUCCGCGUAGCUCUCUGGCCCCGCUUUCUGGGAAACGUAAACUCAUCAGCUCGGAUGAUGAGAAAUCUCCGGCAAAACGUGGCCGGAAAUCUGCGGUGGUGAAAUCCAGUGCAGCUAAAGGAGGUGACUUUGUGAGCCCGGGUGAAAGCGGCGACAACGCUACAGAUCAGUCAGCUGUGGAGGAGACCCAUGGACCGUUACCUCACAGCAAAACUCUCUUUCUCGGUUAUGCUUUCCUUCUUACUAAAGCCACGUCUAGUGAUAAGCUUAACAAUCGUGUCAAAUCACAAGAGAUUCCCUCAAUCAGCAGCGAAGAAGAUGAAGAGUAUAUUGAGAGCACACCUUAUGACAGGAGAUAUACCGAGGCACAGCUCCGGGCAGGGGGAGGAUACGUUUUGGACAAUUUUAAUGAAGCACAGUGUAAUGCAGCCUACCAGUGUCUGUUAAUAGCCGACCAGCACUGCCGGACUCGGAAGUAUUUCCUGUGCCUUGCCGGUGGGGUGCCGUGCGUAUCCCACACCUGGGUCCGUGAAAGCUGCCAUGCCAAUGAGCUGCUAAACUUUCGGGAUUAUCUCCUUCCUGCUGGAUACAGCCUGCAAGAGCAAAGGAUCCUAGAAUGGCACGAUUCUAGGCACCCCUUUAAAGAUGUGCGUUUUCUUGUGGUGUCUGACCUGAAAGAGAACUUUUUAGAAAUGUGGACAGAGAUUUUAAUGACUGGAGGUGCAGCUUCCGCAAAACAGCACAAUUCUUCGGAUACAAACAAAGAUGUUGCAUUGGGUAUUUUUGAUGUGGUGGUCACAGACCGUUCAUGUCCAGAAUCUAUCUUAAAAUGUGCCCAAGCCCUGGAUCUUCCAGUUGUUUCCCAAGAGUGGAUCAUCCAGUGUCUGAUCACUGGGGAAAAGCUGGGUUAUCAGACACAUCCGAAAUACAAACACGAUUACAUUCAGUGCUAAGUCUCCCUCCUGAUGCGAUCAUCCUUUUUAUUUGCCUUCUCUUUUUUUUGCUGCUCAGUGCAUUGUGCAUACUGUGUUUUAAUGAAGUUUUAGAUAGUUUUAAAUGUUUUGUGUUGAAUCAACAUGAGCAUGUUCCUACUGUACAUACUUUUAUCUGUUGGACUUUUAUGAUAAAUAAAUUGCAUUCUCCUUGUUUUGAGGA